UUUUUGAAAUGCCUCUGAUCAUUGGCCAGCAACUUUUCACGCUAAAGAAACGGAGGAUACCAUUGGCUCGAGUUCAUCAGGAAGCGGGCAGAAGGUGGAAGCUAGAAUGCUAGGCUUGUGGUUGCCAUAGCGACAAGGAGGCCAGCCGACCAGAUUCAGCCCAGGGGGACAGACGAGACUCCAGGCCCAUGACAUCCUGUCAUGAACAGUUAACAAGCAAGUGCACCAGUGAGGCCCACCUGGGCAGUGCUCCGUCCACACCUGGGCUGCGCCUUCUCUCAUCCUGGCUUCACAGGUGCUUAGAAGAACAUGUAGUCAAGUUUUUCAUCUAUCAAAUGGAACAUAUCACAGAACUUUGCUAAGAUGGACAACUCCACACCAAAAGACCAACACUCUGGCAAAAAAUAUUCCAGAAAGGCUAACAAAGUACAGAAAGGUUUUACUGCUGCGUAUCCAACACAAUCCUCCAUCCCUUAUAAAUAUCAGCCUUUGAUAAUUCCAGAAUCAGAAAAAAAGGGAUUUAAUAGUCAAGCCAAAAGAUUUUGCCACAAACAGGAUGAUAUCCCAGGCCCGGGGUUCUACAACGUCAUUCAUCAGUCCCCUGUGUUCGACAGCGUGUCAUUGUCCAAGAAAGGGACAUGCACUUUCCCUUCUAUGUGUGCCCGACUGGACACCAUCGUUUCUAAAUUCCCGGCGGCUAAUGCGUACACUAUCCCAUCUCGUCUUGCUUCAAAGAAAGACUUCAGCAAUUCCUGUUCCAGCAUGUUCCAGUUGCCAAGCUAUGAGAAAGUGCUCAAAUUUGAAACCCCUGCACCAAACCAGUACAAUGCCUCCGACUCUUGCUGCAAGCAGGCGAACAACGUCUGUGCCCGAGCUGGGUUCGUGUCCAAAACCCAGAGAGGACUUUUCACUGUUUCUGAAACAGGACCUGCCCCAGGGCAUUAUGAUGUCAACGAAUCCCUUGUGAAGCAGUCGCCAAAGAUAUUGAUGUCUUGUUUUAAAUCAAAAACCAACCGUGGAUUAAAGCUGACGUCAACAGGCCCAGGACCCGGUUAUUACAACCCAAAUGGUCAUCCUAAAGUUCAAAAAAAGACUCUGAUCCCGAGAAACCCCAUCCUGAACUUCUCCGCCCAGCCUUUGCCUCUGCCCCCGAAGCCACCUCUGCCAGGCCCCGGGCAAUACGAGAUCGUGGACUACACGGGCCCCCGCAAGCACUUCAUCUCCAGUGCAUCUUUCGUGUCCAACACCAGACGGUGGACAGCGGGGCCGUCCCAGCCAGGCCUACCCGGCCCAGCCACGUACAGGCCGGAAUUCCCUGGCAAGCAGUCCUUUCUCUACAAUGAGGACAACAAAUGGAUCCCAGUGUUGUAGUUACCGCAUUCGAGCUCACGGAGACCCCCGGCCACCCACCCAGGCACCCCAGGGGGCAGCAUGGAGUGCCCAUCUCAUGUGUGUAUGCCAGCUGAUGGCAUGGGGUGGCCUCACCCCCCUCCCCUCAUCCCUGGCCUGCUUUUGCAACCAGACUGCCAUGCUUGUCCUCGUCCUGAGCUGCCCCCUGGAGCAUGGAGACCCACCUCCCCCCGCCCCGACGCUGCACUGAGCCCAGUGGAUUCCUGAGCAGAAGCGAGAGGUGGACAGAGCCCCCACUCUGUCACUUUACCCCUCGCACCUGUCCAGGCCGGCUCUGCACACCUCCCCGCUCAGUCUCCAGCAUCUCGCAAAGCUCGGCCUCCAAGAGGAGGCCGCCACCAGCCGAUGCCCCAUCCCAAAGCCUGAUGAUGAGCCAGGGCCCAGCGGCCGUGGCCCCGGCACCCUCCCAUCCUUUGGCCUUUGACCUCCACAUCCCUCCCGGAAUUCUAGGGGCCAGGAAGGCCUAGAGGCACAGUGACAGGGACCUGGAGGGGUUGCCUGACCCUUGCCCCCCAGCUCAGGCCUCGUGUCUCACCUCAUGAAGAGAAUGGCAGCAUCGCUGUGGUCUCCUGAGCUCAUCACCUUCCCUCAGGGGAGGCCAACCCGUCCGCUUAUCGGCUCUGUGCUCAAGGGCCAGGUGCAGGCAGGAGCCUCGGGGGCCAGAGUCCCGGGCACAGAGGUUCUGAGGGGUGCCUGUAGGUUCUUUCACCCGGCUUUCCCCUUCCCUGGCCCGGUCUCUGUCCCCCUCACCUCUGGCUCAAGUUGAAUAUGACCUUGACUGAACGUUUUCGGGCCUGCCAAGUCAGUCCCCCUUGGCAAGGAAAAGGGAUUCUCAAGGAACCCAGAGGAGCUAGAGUUAACCACACAGCCCUCCUUCCCUACCCACCCCCAUGGCUUUGACUUGUAAGUGGAAGCCUCCUUUGCCCUCUCCUACACCUCCCUGUGCCCCCGCUUGCCCUUGACUCUCUCCUUAGACUUUGCUCCAUGACUUUUAGCUCAGAACUGGCCACUGACUGUUUCUCCUUUCAGGGACGGGCUGCUGAGGAAGAGGGCAGGAGGAGGAUGGAACAGCGUGUCCAAUUAAACUGAGUUCUCAUUUCUCACAAAAGCUGGCCUUGCUGUAAGCCUCAGGUUCUUGGCAAGCACCCCACUGCUCUGGGUGACCAGGAGGCAGUCUGGAGUGUGGCCCCAGGAGCGUCCAGGGUCUGGACCUAAAGGCAGACACCUUGUGCUGCGUCCGCUCUGACCCUAGCUUCUCCUAGGGGUCAGGUUGGAGCAGAAUUUGGAGGCUUAAGGUCAAGCACUUCCAGGGCUGGGUGGGCAAGGCAGGGAGCGAAACAGGUGAGGCGAGAGGAGGUCCGGGAGCUGAGCCCGGUGUCCCUCUAAAGGCCUGCUACGUAUCACCAGAUCUGCAGAUUCUUCAAGAGAACCUGGGAAAUUUUAAAACCUGAAACUUCUCUAUUGGAGAUGUUAACAACCUUAUUUCAAUUAAAAAUUUUUUAUUCAGGCUAAAAAGGAAACUCUUCUGCAGUCAUCAGCUGUCCACUUGGGCACUAGGAAUUCUGGAAGACCCCAAAGGCUGACACUUGAAGCCACACCUUUCUUUGACUCUUGACAAUACCGCCGGACCUGAAGGCCUUGACUUUUAGGUCCCUCUGACCCCAGCGGACCUUAGCUGGUCCCUGGGCUGGAAGCAACCAGCCCUGGGGUCCCUGAGGCUGAAGAAGACAGGCUGCUCCUCUCGGGGACACCUGGGCCAUGCACCAGGUGCAGAUGAGGACUGUCUCUGUAAAAACUCCUCCCAGUGGGAUCAGGAAAGCAGACACCCUGGGAGGAGAAUGGCAGGGCUACCAUCAGGGCUGCUCUUGGCCAGGCUGCUCACUCAUAGAAGACAGGGCUGGAGCUGAGACCCUGAGCUCUGAGGGUGUGUCUGGGUGGUACCCGGCCUCUCUGAAGAUUUCGUAGGCUGCUCACGGCUCCGUCCAGCCCCAGGGUCCCCAGGCCCCAGCUGUAUGGUAGGAUCACUUCGGGAGCUGUUCGAGAGUCAUACUGCCCAGGCCUGAGCCUCAAAGUUCUGAUUUAACUGACUUGAGGUAGGGUUUGGGCUGUGGUAUCUUUGUGAAAGUUAUUGGUGUGAUUACAAAGAGUCUAGUUAGGGUUAGGAUACACUGAUAUUUUAAUAAAGUAUUUUCCAAAUUUUAA